AUGUUUAGCAGGUCGCCCGCACGGUUCUGGACCAUUGAACAUCAGAAGCGCGGGCUACCGUAUAUGCAUCUGCUACUCUUUCUCGACGACCGUGAGCAGUUCUUUCACUCCGAAAUAGUCGACAAAGUGGUCUGCGCGGAGCUGCUAGAGCCUCAGACAGACCCAACGCUAUACUGUAUCGUCCGCAAGUGUAUGGUCCACGUCUGCGGCGGGGGCUGUGAGCGAAGAGAGCAGGGAAGGUGCCGUAUUACUCGAGAAAAGAACUUCCUAUUCGACUUUCAGGGUAAGACUUAUGUAAGGGGCCGCGAGGUGGAGGAGUACCUCGAGAGACCUUAUAUCGAGCCGUCCGAGGCCAUCUGGAGGCUGCUGUUUUUCCGCGUGCAUCAAAAGCAUCCGGCUGUCAUCCCGCUCGCAGUCCAUCUGCCGGGCAAACAGCCUGUAAGCCUUCCCGUCGGCACGUCGCGGGAGCUGAUACGGCGUCUGAUGGCGCAUGCAUGGAGCAUAUUGAUGGGCUAUUUCGAGUACAACGCUGAGGCGUGGUGUGAUGAUAGGCCAACCCCGCGACAAGGUCCACGAUCCUUUGUACAGCUGCUCCUGACGAGUCGGGUGGGCCCGACGUGUUUCGACGACCUGCGGACCGUUAUCAAGGCGUACAUUCCCGGUCGGGCUGACCUGGCGAAUAUCAUGAAAGAGGCAGUUAUCACCGAGGGAAAGGGCAAGGACCGGCGAGUGGUGGAUUUUGUGUGGGGCCUCGCCAAGAAAAGAUCUUCAAUCGAGUCAAGGAGUGCCUUCUGGGGAUUAAGCUGGCAGGAGGGGACCCGAACAUCCAAUACCACUUGGCAACUGACGCCUCGAACAAGGGGAAGCACUGGCAGUUCUCCGCUGUCUGAACGAAACUUGAUGGUUGAUCAAGGGGUCCCGCCACCCAACGAUGCUGUACACGGACCACAUUCGUACUACCACAUCGCUCUCAAGUCGGUGCUGGGGACGAACUCGGAUACCACUGGCAGAUUCGCCCGGGGGCAGGUCCGAAUGCAAGAGUAUGACCUCUGCAUUAACCACGUGCCGGGCAAGACGCAGGUCGUGACAGAUGGACUAUCGAGAAUCCCCACCGACAGGUGCCAGACACGGACGAGGACUUCGAAUUCCAAGAGAUCGCCGCUUCCACCCGAUAUGCCUAGAAAGGAUUGGAUAUCUGGCCUACCAGGAAUCGAAUGGAAGCUGGCAAGAUGUGUUCAAGAACUGGAAGUUUCAGACGUCUUGAGUGAGCUUCACGAUAUGCACGGUCACUACGCGAUCCGCAUCACACUGGGGAGGGCAUUGGAACGGUAUUGGCGCUUCACCGACAAGGAGCUGACCCGGAAGACGGGCACCGUUGGUGUUAGGCAUAUCUAUGCUUCAGCACAGGCACCAUGGUCAGUGGGGCUAGCGGAGCGAAUCGUCCGGCAGAUGGUGGUGUCGCUUCGGAAGUUGGCAUCGCAAAAUCCUGAUGUCAUCUUCCACUGGGACCUGUACGUUGGGCUGGUGGUGCAUGCCAUCAACACGCGGACCGGACGAUGGAGCCGCAUGGGUAUAGUCCAGCACUGA